GCAUCUCGCGUUUCCUCGUCUCUGGUCACGACGACAACUGCCCAGAGCACAUCAACGUCCCAAUGAACUAUGAGUCAAAGUCCGGCGUUGUCCUUCCUCUCAAUCGUGAACAUGGGUUGCCCAAGGACAACCUUGAGGACAUUGAGAUGUCGCCGCUUCGCAUGGUCCCAGAAUAUUGCCCCGUCCGGCACAGAGCAAAUAUAAUUCGUCUUAUUCGAACAAUACUUGGCGCCGAUCUUGUGCUCAACUCGGCAAUCCGCGUCUACACCAUCGCAGGCAUAGCGAAGCAGUUUGAUUGCGCGAGUGUGAUUCGAGAUCCUGUGUUCACCUGGUUCAUGGCACAGCCCAACUCGGACUUCAUUGAUCUCGAGCCAGAAACGGCUCUUAAGAUAGGCUGGAACCUUGGUCUCCGGGACGUCACCCGUGCUGCAAUGCGUAUCCUCGUCGCCGAGAAUGCGAUGGAGGCGCUUAGUCCAACUCCCCUCUCCCACAGUCGGCGGUUUACAGUACUUGGACGUCCACGCGGAGAACUACCCGAUGAGCUGGAAAAUGUGAUCCAACACGCCACGAACAAGUACACGGAGCGGGUACAGCAGGUCAAUGCGGAUCUAGUCAGCCCAUGGGUAUUCACGCUAUUACGGAUUGACCAGUGGAAACAGUUUAUGCAAAUCGGCGAGAUGAUCGGCACAGUCGAGCCUGGAGCAGACCUGCCAAAUAUCAACCUCAAUCCCCGGACAUCAGCUGCAACGCCGCUCGUCGCAUCCGCCUCACUCGACAAGAUAAGAGCGCAUUUCUUUCAGGUGUACAGAUCGCUGAUCCAAUUCAUGCACGGUAUUGCUAAUGCGCCCGACUCCAGCGCCUUCAGCAGUGAGACUGAAACAAGCAUUGAACGCAACCGCCAGUGCUACGUGCCUCGGUCACGGUUCAUGUCCUAUUUCACCACUUGGCAGACCAUGGUCCCGUUGUCGAGGCGCGCACUGACCGACUACUGGCAGCGUCUGACAGAGGCGCCAAUGGUGUGGUCCGAAUUUGUCGCUUGCCAGCAACUGCUCGUACGCCAAGUCACCAUAUUCAACUCAAGCAUCCAUUUCGCUGUAGAGGAGGGCAAACUACCUGUGCCCCGAGGUUCCAUAUACCAGCUGGACCUGAUUGUCUUGCACCAGCAGGUGUGCACGGCUCUCGCCGAACUUAAGAAUGCCUGGGCACACCCACGCGAUCUCGAAGUAUCGCUCGCUCGGUCUGGCCAUCUAGCGCUCGGCCUCACUGACGAAGAGUUCAAGUAUCUCCCUCUAUGGGCUGGCGGCCUUGACGACGGGACGGGCGGGGUUUUCCAGGAGGGACAUGUGCCUGACGCAGACAUGGGCCCUAUCGGCCCUGGGCCAGCGUACCAUACAGGCUACUCUGUAAUGUCUGAUUUCACAGACUUCUCGUCGAGCAUCGCACCCUCCGACGCACCUGCUAUGAGCAUGGUCGGCACGGAAGACGACUUCGGCGGCGACCGCAACACCAUAGACUUCGACGACACCGAGACGCUCACGUCCGGGCGAUCCAAGAUCGCAGUUCCAACCGGCAGCACAGUCACGGGCACCCGCGCAGCCUCGUCAUAUGCGCCGAGCUCGGUCAUGACACCUAGCGAGGGAGGUAGCAUGGUCAACGCGAUGGCGAGAGAUGUGCAUGACCUGAGUCUCGGCUCUUCACCCACGGCAGAGACUCUGGAGGGUACAUCGAACGAGACUGCCGGCGGUGGCGAUCAGACCAUGGGAUCGGCCGCUGAUCGGUCCGUACACGAUCGAGAAGACACCGCGAUGGCGGACGCCGGCACGGCCCAGGACAGCUCAGUCAUCAAGAUUAGCAAUCAUAGUGAUGCCACCGCUGGUGCAAACCAGGCGUGCGACGGCGGCAAGGACGGCAAGGACGGCAAGACCCAGGCUGUCACCAACGAGGACGACGAGGACGACUGGUCAGCACCGUCUGACGAUGACGACGACGAUCUGGAUAAUUUCAUGUAGUUAUCCACAGGAAACACGAGCUAGUCAGGUAAAACGACGGGGAGUCCGACUGAUUGAUCCCGCCGGCUGGGGAAGUCGACAUGUUUCCGUCUGCUCACACCUAAGCAAUCAGUCGGGUUUCUUUUUCUUGCAUGCAUGCAUGCAUACAUUUUCCUAGUUGAAGCACAAUCCUAGUCUACGCAACCCACGGCUCGGAGAUGGCGAGAGCCAGCCUACCGGAAGUACCUUCAGCAUGUGCACAGUGACGCAGCGACACGGGCGGGAUGAUGGCGAAGAUGAUGACCAUACUCUAUUAAGUUAACGUAAUCCACGGGUAAGCGGGUCACACGGGUGAACGGGUCACCUUCCAGUAACUCGUACGACAAUAUAUAAGACAAUUUAACCACAACGCCUUAAAUCAAUUCAAACUAUUCAGAAUCCUCUUCUUC